ACAUAUUUAAAUACCUCGUGCUCAAGCCUGGUCUGUAUUCAUUCGAAAAAUAGAAAGAUAAAAGAGAAUUUUUAUCAGUUUCAUUUUCGAAGACUGUAAAAUAUGGAUGGCAAGAAGAGCACCAGAUUUAAUGUUCCAGGUGACACAGUCUCUGGUACUCCCAGUAAUCAUGUGGAAUAUGAUCACGGGGAAGUCACACGCGAUGUUGUGGACUCAGUGGCUGUUUACACAGCUAAUGCAGAAGACAGAAAGUUGAAGGUUAGUUUUGGUUCCUCAGGGGUAAGAAUUGCUUCGAUGAAGAAUAGGCAGGUGUCUCAGGAGAUGAAGCGGUUGACUUCUGUGAGGGAGAGGCCACAGAAGCAAUCUAGUCGGUCUAAAUCAGGUGCAGUUCAUGCCUUGACGGGGCUUAAGUUUAUAAGCAAGAGUGAUGGUGGCUUUGAUUGGAAGAAAGUGGAGAAGAUGUUUGAUGAACUCACUGCUGCCACCAAUGGAUUUCUUCCUCGUGCACUCUUUUGGGAAUGCAUAGGGAUGCACAAGGAGUCUAAAGAGUUUGCAGGCGCGCUUUUUGAUGCUCUCGCCAGGAGGAGGAACAUAAUGAUCGACUCAAUUGACAAAGAAGAGUUGAAGGAGUUCUGGGAACAGAUUUCUGAUCAGAGUUUUGAUUCUAGGCUUCAAAUUUUCUUUGACAUGGUUGACAAAGAUGCAAAUGGUAGAAUCUCCAAGGAUGAAGUAAAAGAGAUUAUUAGUGUUAGUGCUUGUGCUAACAAGCUGUCGAGUAUCCAAAACGGAGCAGAUGACUAUGCAACCAUUAUCAUGGAAGAGCUGGACCAUGACAAUCUUGGAUAUAUCAUGAUUGAAGAUAUGGAGAUGCUUCUGUUGCAAGAUGCAGCAGAGCCUAUAAGAGGUUCUGAUAGCAAGGCUUUAAGCAAAAUGCGGAGCCAGAAGCUUAAAACUAAAAAAAAGGAUGUCGUAAUUUCAAGAGCGUAUAAAGACACUAAGUACUUUGUACAUGAUAACUGGCAAAGAGUUUGGGUUUUGGCAGUAUGGCUUGGGAUCAUGGCUGGUUUAUUCGCUUACAAGUACGUGGAAUACAAAAACAGAGCUGCCUAUCAAGUUAUGGGAGUUUGCGUUUGUUUAGCAAAGGGUGCAGCCGAGACACUUAAGUUUAACAUGGCACUGAUUCUGUUACCAGUCUGCCGAAAAACUAUCACCUGGCUUAGGAAUAAAACUAGAUUAGGAGUAGCUGUUCCCUUUGAUGACAACAUCAUAUUUCACCAAAUCAUAACAGUGGGGAUUGCAAUUGGGGUAGGGAUUCAUGGAUUGGCCCAUAUGACUUGUGACUUUCCUCGUCUCCUUCAUGCUGACAAGCAGAAGUACAGACUAAUGGAGCCUUUCUUUGGGAAAGAUCAGCCUCCAAACUACUGGUGGUUUGUUAAGGGAGUAGAAGGUGUGACUGGAAUAAGUAUGGUAGUAUUGAUGACAAUAGCAUUUACGCUUGCUAGCCCGUGGUUGAGGCUCCGCAAAGUCCCAAGAGGAAAUUCACUUAAAUAUAAGAAAAAGGAGAAACAGAGUCUUGAGAAGAUAUUAGACAAGCUUACAGGAUUCAAUGCCUUCUGGUACUCACAUCACCUCUUUAUCAUUGUCUAUGUGUUGCUCAUUGUUCACGGUGUCAAGCUUUACCUAACACAUGAGUGGUACAAGAAAACGACCUGGAUGUAUCUGGCAGUUCCAAUCAUACUGUACGCCUGUGAGAGAUUGACAAGAGCCUAUAGAUCGAGCACAGAAAAUGUUAGCAUAAAAAAGGUGGUGGUUUAUCCCGAAAAUCUUUUAGCACUUCAAGUGUUUAAGCCUGAGGGAUUCAAAUACAAGAGUGGGCAAUACAUGUUUGUCAAAUGUGCUGCUAUCUCACCCUUUGAAUGGCAUCCUUUUUCUAUCACUUCUGCCCCUGAUGAUGAUUAUCUAAGUGUUCAUAUUCGAAGUCUUGGUGAUUGGACUGCAGAAAUCAGAGAGGUCUUCUCGAAGGUCUGUCAGUCAUCACCCACCCGGAAAAGUGAAGUUCUGAGAGCCGAAUUUAACCAAGGAGACAAAAUUAACUCCAGUGUCAAGGUAUCGAUUGAUGGUCCAUACGGAGCACCUGCACAAGACUAUAAAAGCUAUGAAGUAGUAUUACUGAUAGGGCUAGGCAUAGGGGCAACACCCAUGAUCAGUAUUGUGAAGGACAUCGUAAACAAUAUCAAGGCGAAGGAGGAGGAAGAUAAUAAUUCCAGCCCAUUAACGAAAGAAUCACCAGGGCAUUCAAGUGCAAGUGAGUUUAAAACAAGAAAAGCAUAUUUCUAUUGGAUUUCACCUUCCCAAGGCUCUUUUGAUUGGUUUAAAGGGGUGAUUAAUGAGGUCACUGACGUAGACAAGAAUGGUGUCGUAGAAAUGCAUAUUCACUGCACUAGUGUUUAUGAAGAAGGCAAUGUGCAGUCUGCUGUAAUCGCUAUGCUUCAGUCCAUUUACUAUGAAAAGCGUGGGAUCGAUGUUGUCACGGGUACUCAUGUCAAGUCUCACUUCGCCAAGCCUGAUUGGCAGAAGGUCUACCAGGGCAUUGCUGACAAACACACAAAUAGCCGAGUUGGAGUGUUUUAUUGCGGACCUCCACCAGCUGCCGUGAAGUUGAAAAAGCUAGCUGCUGAUUUUUCACGCACCUCGACAGAGUUUGAAUUUCACAAAGAGAAUUUCUAAUCAGGAACAGAAGGUGCAAGGCGAGAUGAUAUCAGCGCUCAUCUCUCUGCCUUGGUUCUCUAUUUCUUUGAUUUGUACAGCAAUUUGAACUUGUCAAUUUCGACAGGAGUUCAGAAUUGGGAGUUAUGUAACAUACACUGAACUCUGAACUGUUCGAUUACUUUUAGGGGGUGUAUUGGAUUGGAAUUUUAAAGAUUUUUUUGCAUUCAU